GAAAAGAACGCAUGCAUUCGCAAGUGUUGAUUCAAAUGAAAGAACUACAUUGAUAUUAGCGUAUUUUGACGUUCGUUUGCUAUUUUUACACAUUUCCACCGAAUUUAUACGUAUUUGUCGGAAACUAAAUAUUCUGAAUUCACACCGAUUGCAACAAAACAUCCGAUCGAACGAUUUGUCGGAUUGUGUUUAAUAAAUUGCGAUAACGCAUAAAAGGCAAAUCGCAUCGAAACUACCUACUGAGUAGGCGAAAUAUGAGUUUACCAUUAAAAAAAAUUGUGUGUGUAAAACCAUAGGAGUUUGCGGGGUGUUGACGAGAAAAAUUAAAAUGUGUGUACAGCGGCGUAUAUGAUGCAUUUACUGUAGACAAUUAAAUUAAAUAAGUGAGAGUUCAAAGCGGAAAAGUUCCUGUGGUGCAAUGUCAACAGAAAAUUGACAUCGGAAUUGAAUGGUGUCUAUGCACUUGGUACGGUAGGAGUAAAAGAGCGUAUAUUAUUUUGCAUCGAAGCAAGGAAAACCAGGUGGUGGAAACGAAGGCAAGAGUCACGGUCUUGAAAAUCGGUUCUUGAAACAACAAGACAAUAUACACGGAACGGCGUCCAAGUGUGUGUGUGUGUGUGUGUGUGUAAGAAGACAGUGUUGGGCUUCGUUGCCGCCAAGAAUAUCGAAAGCGAGAACAACAACCUUUUUCUUGUCGAUACUUGCUGGCUUUAUGAGAGAGAGACAAAGCGACUGAGGGAUAGAGAGAGGUGAGACCACAUUUCUAGACACAAUUGACGAAUUUGUUGCUUCACACAGAUGUUUUUCACAUCAUGAAGAACUGAUGUUGAAUUUGAAAAAAAAAAAAAAAUAAUAACCGAACAAAAAAGCAACACAAAGUGAAAUUGAUAAACUAUUGUGUACGUUCAUUUGAUAUUAUUAUACCAUAUUUUGCAUGUGUCGGAAAAUUGAAAUUUAAAUCGAAAUGAAAAAAAGAAUCAAUUGAUUUCGCCCCACAUUUAUUGAAAUAGUUUCAUUAAAUACUGAAUGAGUUAUGCCACGAAUAGAUUGCAUUUCCUACUUCAUUUUUCGCAUUCCAACCGAUUUUUCGAGCUAAUUUUGUGUGACAAAUUACAUCAAACCUUUUAUCACAUCGGAAAUCGUAUUGAGUCGGGUUCUGGAUGAGGUUAUUGUGCACACGCUGAAUUCUGUCCUUUUGUGUUUCUCGUGUCUCGGUACUAAUUUCGUAUUCAUGAAAAAUGUGAUUAUUUUCAAUUGUGUGUUGUCUGUAAUCAUCUUUUACGCCUGCAUUUCAAUGCAUUCUUCUUGAUAUUUUUUUUUCAAAUUCGUUUUGUUCAUUUCGUUUGUUUGUUGUGUGCUUUUUGCGUUCACCCAUUAAUUUCAUAGUAUAAUAUUGUGUGCAUGUGCAUUUUGCAUUUUGUUCGACUGACUGAGUGAAAAAAGGGGAAAAAAUUGCCAGCUAUUAUCUGAACUGUAUUGCGUACGCAAACGAAUUCGCAAUCAUCAUUCCAAUAUUUCAUUUAUCAUAUUUUUGUUUGGAAAUUAAUUACUUCUUUUUAGUUUGAAUUUAAUUUGCAAGUUUUUCCAGCGCGCAUUAGUUUUCUCCUCGCACAUCAAAGCGAAUGUUCAGUGUGAUUACAAGUCCAAUUGUUGGUUGUGCAUAAACGUAAUAUUUUGAUCGAUUCGAAAUAUUGAAAUCGAACGAAAAAAAAUUUCCUUUUUCGUAGGUUGACGACUGUGUGGUGUGAUGUGUGUGUGUGUGUGUGUAUAUAUGUGGGUGUCUGUGUUUUGUUUCUUCCAAAUGAACGAACAAAAAAUUAAAAACUGCACCUGUAAUUACAAUUUGUAGUUCAUUGCUCACCAAUUUUCAUGACUGAAUUGCCGGUGAUUACUUUGUUUAUUGCAGCGUUUAGCGAUUAAUUGUGUACGCAUGUUAGCGCUUCCAUCCAGGUAUGGUCAUUCGUUUCAUAUUUACAUUUUUUGUACAUCAUUUUUACCCAGUGCAAUCAAUUUUGAUGCCAUUCCAAUGAAUUUGCUCUGCGGUCAUAAUCAAUGGAAUAAUUUAAUAAAUUUUCCCUUGAAGUCAGAAUAUUUUAUGUGCAGUAUACAGUGGUUGGGUGUUGAACAAUAAUGUUCACCUCAAAGUCACACAUUCCGUAGGAAAUUAAAGUUUAAUUUGUGGUGAAAUUUUGCAUGGAAUUCGCCAAACGAGUGUGAAAUGCGCUGAUUUUGACAUUGCAUUCCAUUUAUCCCGCACUCUCGGGACACGUGAAGGAGAAUGGCAGCAGAGGAAACAAUUUCAUUUUUGCAACAUUGUAAAUAUCCGCGCGACACAGAACACGAUGCUGCUAGCAGUUUUUCACAAAAGAAUGUUUUUAUAACGCGUUCUAUUGUUAUCAUGUGAGAGACACAUAUAUACAAUAAGGGAACGAGUGCAUUUGCACUCACAAAAUCAUUCAUAUAACCAGCUAACAUGUCGCAACUAAACAGUUACGAACGAAUAAUAAAAUUCGAAAGAGAGAGAAAAAAAAGCGACGGCAAGCAAAUAGCAAAUUGAUUUGCAUCAAUCAUUCAUUCGAAUUGCAUUUGUUCUAAAUUGUUUGUAUAAAUGACAUUCUCCGGAUCUUACCUGCAAUCAAUAUUGCAUUGCAAUUUCAAUUGGUUUGAUGCGCUUUUGUGCGAUGCAGAGAAUAUUUAUUGGAAAUAUGCUCACUAGAAAUUGCCAUAUUCGAUAAAUAUUUGCUCAAAACAUAAACUUGUUCCAUUUAUUUGAGCUAUGUGCACAAUGUUCGUUCAAAAUGCCACAUGAUAUUGCACAAUUUGCUAGAAUGCACGAACAAGUGGUUCCAAUUAUAGCAUCGAAAUUACAUUUUAAGAUGCGAAGCACAAGCGACGACUGUGCGAUCAGCUGAAAUUGAUGCGGAAACCAAUCGGUGAAUUUGAUGAUUGUUUUUUUCUUCUCAAAACCACACUUCUUGCUCCUAACACGUUUACUGGCAUCUUGGGAGUAGGAACAUGUAAAAACUACCGCAAACUAAAUUUAUUGGUUUCGGAUUUUUGUUUUGUUAAAUCAAUUAUUCAAAGCGAACACAAAACUUUUCGUUUCUUUCAAUUGAAUACCUUUUGGUCAGAUAAUGAGUCUGCGACAGAGGCUCGCCCUCUCGCACACUCUGUUUAUGUGAUUUGUACGAAACAGCAGGGUUCUGCACACGUUGUUGAUAUCAAAUUCGAAAACAAUACAAUCCGAAAGAGAUGAACAUAUUUCAGCCCAACAAAUAUAUAGCUCAAUUUUUCCUUAUUUAAUCUCAUUGAAAUGUACGACUUCUCUUUGUGAAGAAAACAUUUAACGGUCUUGAUUCUCAGAUAGCAUUUCAAUUAAGUCGGUGUGUUUCUUAAGCAAAACCUGGUGCACGGUAUUUAUUAAGUGUUUGACUUUGUGUUCCGUCCAUUUUUGCGAGUUGAAUUUCAACGGCGGCCCAAAACGUUGUGUGUUGUUUUGCGCGAAAUUCCAAUUGUAAACGUGCGUUUGCCAUGCAGAAAUCAGUGCACAAAGAAAGCCAGACAACAUAUCCAGAGUAUCAUUUACAUGUGAUUUUCAACUGAAUUCGUCGGCUGACUUCGUCGAUGAUUGCAAAAUUCGGAACGUAAAUCACACAGUUUAACAUUGGAACUAGUGGGCAAACGGGUGCGCGCACGUACGUACGCUCAUUCACUAUAUUUUGCUAAGUCGAAGACGAGCCUGCUUAGAAUUCCUGAGUAAUCUUCAUGUGGUAAUUGUGUGUGUGUGUGUUUUUCUCUCUCUUCUGUUAGCGCUUCACUUUAAAACGUUCCAAAAUCAGAGUUUUCGUUUCUUCAAGAAUGAUUUUGGACGGGGCAUACAUUUCCAUUCAUUCAUUUGGUUGUGAAUUAUCUUGUCAGUUCGAAAGUUGUGGUAAGAAUCAUUGUUUUUAUAUUGUUUGGUUCUUUUUCAUAUUGAUCGACUAUUUGGAAUAGCAGAUUUGAUACGAUUGAAGGAAUUUAUGGAGAAAAAAAACACACACACAAUUAAUCAAUCAAUCAAACAAACGCAAACUUUUUUUGUUUGUUCGUAGAAUAUCGAAGAGAUUUUCACCUAGUAUUCCUUAUUAAAUUAUUAAGCAUGUUUUGGAAAAUGGUUGUUUUUUGUUUUCCCGGAGCAUACGGAAUUUUAUCGGAGGCUAAUCGAGCGUAUUGUGACACCAUGCACAUAGCACAACAGCAACCGAUACUAAUUGAUCAAUAAUAAGCACUAAUAAAGGGGACGAUUAUCGGCCGUUCGGCACAGUCGUUGAGAUGCAGUUGUGACGGAAGGCGGUGUGUCCUGAAUAUCCGAAUUCAUCCAUUCCAAAGAGAUUUUCUUUUCCAUCUAGUUGGUGGUGUGUGUCUCUCUCUUUGAAAACGUGUUGUUGUUGCAUUUGUUGUUCCUGCUGCGACUGUCGCUUUCAACAUUUCUCUCAUUCAGGCAACAACGGUUGGAUUUUCUAAAAUUAGCGAUUAUCUUUUAUGUUCGGAAAAGAGACAGAUAUUCCGCAUCGAAAAUCUUAGUUUGAUAUAUAAUCGUCAACGCUUUCCACAUUGAUUCUUUCAAAAUCAUUUUGAAAAUAGAUUUCAAUUACUAAGUUCCAAGUGUGGUUUUUGUCUCACUUUCUCUACCUCGUUCAUUCGCUCAGUAUUCAAUGUGUGUGCACGUUUCGCCGAUUCCGUUGAAUUGACCUAUUUUGAAAAGAAAAAAGAAAAAUAGAAUUAAAUCAGAAAAAAAGAAAUGUAAUAUAUACACCCGCAAAGUGUUCAGUAUCUGUGGACAUGUGUUUUCAGUGCGAGAGACAUUCAUUGAGAAAGUAACUGGUGUGUACUGGCGCAGAGAAUUGAUUUUAUUUCAUAAUCAGAAAUUGAACGAGAACCACGAGAUUUUUCUCCCCACAAACGCAGACGGGCACCAAACAUUAAUUGAAUAAUUGCAAUCAAAGAAAAAUAAAACGUCAAAAAUCCAAAAUAAUUUCAAUUUUAAUUGAAAAAUCGGCAGAUCGUUGUAGUUUUGAUUUUCUUCGGUUGUCAACAAUAAAUAGAAAGCAAAAGUAGCAGCGACAAAAAACAAACAGACGGCAACACGAUGGCUAACCGGUUCUUAAUUAUUAUCUGUGUAUGCACGGCCUGCGUACACUUGGCAUGGGCGCAAAUGGGUAGAAAAGAUUUAGGGCAUAAAUCGAGUGAAUCAGUUCCUAUGGAAAUGCAUAGGCAACACCAAGGUCAACCGUCUAGUGUUUUAGAAUAUGAAGUGAAUCCUAUAGAAAGUAGCCAUUAUGAAAAUGAUUUAGUGCAUCGGACUAAACGGCAUGCCGGCCACAGUCACACGAAUACCGCCGAAAAUCGCGUCGAAAUGAAUCCAAUCACGAAUACAUUCAUAGAAAAAUUAUUCAACAAUUUUACAAAUGGUGAAACGAUGAAUCUCAUUCAAUUUGAAGAAAUGAUGAAAACAUUGAAACUGGACCGUUUCAUCGAAGAUAAUCAAUUGCAGCAGCAGUCACAACAACAUUCAGCGCAUUCCAAUGAAACGCAGUGCAUAUCAAGCGUGUCUUUAGUCUCACAAGUUGGUUCAACACAAAAUGCCGACAACAAUCAAAACAUCAAAAAGUACGAAAAAAUUAUUAACGAAAUCAGAGGUCAAUCAAAACCAUCAAAUGAAUUGAAUAGUAAACCGACCGACACAACCGAUAACAAAACAUCAAUCGAGGCAAUUAAAUCAAUUAAGGAACAAAUAAAAUUAGGCAAAAAUGAUUUAUGGUCACUUUGUCCAAUUCUACUCUAUCAAUUGGCCGUGCCGAAUCAAUCGGACCAUUCCGGAUGUGUAACGAUGCCGUUGUUGUCAAGCGAACUGCAUCACCACGAUGAUGACCAUCUCGAAACCGACCGACAAAUGGUGUGGAUUUAUGCGUCGUUGUCGAUCAUUGUGGCCAGUUUGUGCGGUUUGAUUGGUGUUGCUGUGAUUCCAUGCAUGGAAAAGCGUUACUACCACCACAUUUUGCAGUUUUUUGUUGCACUUGCCAUUGGAACGCUGGCCGGCGAUGCACUCUUGCAUUUGCUACCGCAUGCAAUGAUUACAUUUGCUGCGGGCGAAGACCAACACAAAAGCAUGACAUACAAAGGUCUGGUUGCGUCACUUGGCAUAAUUUUCUUCUUUGUGACGGAACGAAUCUUGGCAAUGGUUGCCGAAUGGCGUAAGCGAAUCCAAAAACGAGACGAUCCACCGGCACGUGUGCGUGUUAUGCGCGACCCCGAUUCGAUUUCAGUGAACCAUUCGUUGAACGGUGAAAAACAAUGCAAACACAAGUAUUCUAGCUAUCCAUACUGUUAUGAUGAAAUUGCACUUGACACCAAAGAUAAUAUACACCAGCACCAUCAGCACGGCAGCAGCCAUGGUGCGGCUAAGGAGAACGGAUUGAAGGCAUCAUCGACAUCACCACCAAAGGAGAAACUGUGCGCCAAAUCGUUAAACGAUCGCGCUAACGACUAUUCAGACACCGCACAAAGCCUAUUGAAUUCACGAAAUCACAACAAUAUCAAUGCUAACGAUGCUUACUAUCGUACCAACGAAAAAGAUGACGUUCAAACACCGGAUAAUAACACAAUUCUCACUAAUUUGGACGAUACAUCACUCGAUACAUGCGGAUGUGAACCCAAAAAAACAUUAACACCCGAAAAUUAUACGAUAAUUCUGCGUGAACAUGAGUCAAAACAUCAUGGCCACUCGCAUACGCACGGCCAUGUUCAUUCGCCACCAAAAACACUGUCAGCCGUUGCUUGGAUGGUUGUCAUGGGUGAUGGCUUGCAUAAUUUCACCGAUGGUAUGGCAAUUGGUGCCGCAUUUUCCAGCAGUAUUCCCGGUGGAUUUUCAACUGCAAUCGCUGUCUUCUGUCAUGAAUUGCCCCAUGAGCUUGGUGAUUUUGCCGUUCUGCUGAAAGCUGGUAUGUCAGCACGUAAGGCGGCUUACUACAAUAUCUUAUCGUCGGUGUUGAGUUUUCUGGGCAUGAUCGUAGGCGUGUAUAUUGGCGAAAAACCAGAAGCGUCUGCAUGGAUUUUUGCGUGUGCAGCUGGAAUGUUUAUUUACAUUGCGCUGGUCGAUAUGAUGCCUGAGCUGACAACGGCCCAUAAUGAGCAUUCAGCAAUUGUUCAAUGCUUCCUGCAAGUAUCUGGAAUGGCCUUUGGUGUUGGUAUCAUGCUGCUAAUUGCUCUAUACGAAGACGAUCUCAAGAAGAUAUUCAACGAAGACCAAGAACCGCACCAUCAUUAAAAAAACACAAUGCUGUCCAUAAUCUAUAUUCUGCAUUAGAUUAUAGCCACAGCAUCGAUGAAAAACCAUCGAUGUCUAUUUGCUACAGUAUAUAUUUCAUUGGUCAUAUCCAAAUAUGUAUUUAAAACCGAAAAAAAGAAGAGAAAACAAACAACUGCUUACAAACUCGAGAUUCAUUUGGCAUAAAUGCAAAUGAAUGUUUCUAACUGUAUUAAUGAAUUGAAUUAAAAUUUGAAUAACAUCCGAAUGUUGAACAGAAAUUGAAACUGAAGAAAAAUUGAAUAUGAAAAUGCAGUUAAUUGAAAUUGCAUCAAUCUAUUGAAAAUAAUAAUAAAUUGAACAAUUUUUUAGACAAUAAGCCAUUUAAUUUACCAAAACCACUCUAAUUGCAACUGUACGGUUGAGUGUCAGACAAAUGAAGUGUUGACCGUUGAGGCGGGAGGAAAAUGUUUGAAUUGAAUCGCAAAUGUACUUCAAAUUUCCCCAACACACACAUACACACAAACACACAUUUUCCGACUAUAUUUCCAAGGACGAUAAAAGAGCCAUAGUUGAAAUCAAUUAUAUAUUUUCUAGAUGAUGAAAGAACGAAAAAAAACACAUGUUCGAAAUGGCGAGCCUUUAGAAGAAUCAUAAGAAGUAAUCGUGUACAUUAUUUGUAAUAAAAACAAAAGACCAUUGUGGCUCAGUAUGAAGCAAAAGCCGUGGAAAAUAAGCUGAUUAUAAAUAGGAAAAUCGAAGUCUUAUUCCGAAAUAACUGUCAUUAAAUUCAUUUAAAUUCAUGUGGAACAUUCUCAACACUCAUAAAUGGAUAGAUCCUUUUCAUUUAAGUUGUUAUUAGAUUAAGCAAAAGGAAAAUUAACGUCACUUAACAGACGCACAUACACCGUUUGAAAUGCGUUUCUUCCACCUGAAUUCGUUUUGAUUGGGCAAUAUUUAAUCAUCGCAAUGCGCUGACAAAAAAUACUCGUUCAUAUAUAUAAAAGGUACAUCCAUUUUUCAGACCUAUUGCAAUAACCAAAAUUGUUCAUCAUACACACAGACACCUUUUUACUAACAAAUCAUUUCGUCUUUCUCAUUUCCAGAGCUUUCUCAGCAUGGCAUUAACAUGACACGUUAAAAAAAUCUCUUACACAUACACAUCCUUGGCUGUACUUAGGCAAUCUAAUUGAUGGUUUUUCUUAGUACGACUUCGAUUUCCAUAUAAAACCGACCGAAAUCCUGUACGACAACGUCUUACUUUUUGUGAAUGUCAAUAAAAUAAAAAUUACAGUGUAUAGUUGGCACAAUGUACAAACAUGUAUACUGUGAUGAAUCCACGUCAUUUAUAAACAA